CGUGGAGUAGCACCGUACUAAAGGUUGAAGCAGAAAAAUGGUGUUCGAAAGCAUCGUCGCCGACGUGCUGAACCGAUUCGUCGGGGAAUACGUCGAAAACUUGGAUAAGAAGCAACUGAAAAUCGGCAUCUGGGGAGGUGAUGUCGUGCUCAACAAUCUCAUUCUGAAGCAGAGUGCUCUCAAAGAGCUCGACUUACCGGUGACGACACUUUACGGUCAUCUGGGGAAGCUGGUGCUGAAAAUCCCGUGGAAAAAUCUGUACAGUGCACCGGUGGAAGCGAUCGUAGAUAAGCUGUAUGUGCUGGCCGUGCCCAACACCGACGUACGGUACAGCGAGGAAAAGGAACAGCGACAUGCUUUUGAAGCGAAACUCGCCGAACUGGCGCGCAUUGAGCAGGCGAAGAAAAAUGAGGAAGAAAAGGACAAGAUGACUGCGGUGGCGGACAAAUCGUUCGCGGAAAAGCUAACCACCCAGAUCGUGAACAAUGUGCAGAUCCGGAUAUCGGACAUACACAUCCGGUACGAGGAUACCACCACGACCGGGCAACCGUUUGCGUUCGGUGUGACGCUGAGCAAUUUGAGCGUGCACACCACGGACGAGAACUGGGUACAGAAGUUGGUGUCGGAAACGGUGGAGAAAAUUUAUAAGGUUGCCCAGCUGGAGAUGCUUUCGGUGUACAUGAACUGCAAAACGCAGCUGUUCCAGUACUCCGACCCGUCCGAGUAUAGGACACUGUUCGAAGAGUCGAUUGCAUCUAAAACGCGCCAACCGGUUGAUUAUCAUUACAUUUUCGGACCGAUUACAUCGGGCGCUUGUCUCGAGAUGACGCCCAAUCCGGAACAGGGCGAAACACCCUUCUCCUCACCCAAAAUUAAGCUGAAACUGUGCAUGGAAACGCUGGCCAUCGGUAUAACGCGGGUACAGUUCCAGAACACGAUGCAGUUGGUGGAAGCGUUCGGCCGGAUGAUGCGCGCUAUGCCCUACCGGAAGUAUCGACCGUACGGUUUCGGGUACAAGGGCAACUACAAAGAGUGGUGGCACUUUGCGUACACCUGCAUUCUGGAGACGGAAGUGCGUCGUCGCAAGCGGAACUGGUCGUGGGAUCAUAUGAAGCGCCACCGGCAAAAUCUGCACAAAUACGAGGAGGCGUACCGACAGCUGCUGACGGCGAAGAAAGUUACGCCGGAGAUCACGAGCCGCUGUGAAGAGUACGAGAAAAUACUUGAUCUGCCCAACAUCGUCGUCAUACGGCAGAAGGUGGCGCUGGAGGUAGAAAAGGAGGGCAAACGUCAGGCGGAGGAGAAAAAAGCGGCCGGAUGGUUUAGCUCGUGGUGGGGUGGAGGGGCGAAAAAGGAGGAAGAUUCCACUGGAGGCGAUAUCAAGAAACAAUUUGAAGCGGCAAUGACACCUGCCGAAAAGGCGAAACUUUUCCAGGCAAUUGGGUAUCAGGAAAAUGAUGCACCGACCGAGCUGCCGGAGCACUACAUUGCUCAGAUGUUAGAGUUCGAGUUAAACUCGCUGGAAGUUUCGAUCAAAUCGGAAUUGUCAGAUAAGGAAACUGUGUUGGACCGUGUAAUGCUGCUGGAGUUGAAGAAUGUCGCCUGUGGCGUUCAACAGCGUCCAUCGGCGGCCGCUAUGAAAGUAUCUCUUGGUAUGCAGGAACUUACCAUAUCUGGGCUACGGCAGGGUGAUAUACUUCCCAUUAUGGUAAAAUCGCAGCUCGAAGGAUCCAAGACGCUGCUUGACGUAACGUUCGAAACCAACCCGGAGGAUAAGCUUUGCGAUCAGCGGGUCGUCGUCACUUCUAGACCGUUGCACAUCGUGUAUGAUGCUGAAACUAUAAUUCGUCUAGCAAAAGUGUUCCAAACACCGCGAACCGCCACCAUUUCUCAAUUGACCGAUGCGGCGGCAGAAAAGUUGGUCAACAUCAAGGAACGAUCAGCAACCGGGUUACAGUACGCGAUCGCCAAACAUCCGCGCCUGGAGCUUAAUAUUGACAUUAUGCCGAGUUACAUUAUCAUACCGCACGGCGGCAUAUUUGCCUGCCGUGAAUCGGUGCUAGUGGUGAGCCUGGGUAAGCUACUAGUCCACACCGAACCACGGCCAAUCCACCAAAGAGAUGUACAAACGAUGCACGGCGAAGGUAUUGGUCAGGAAGAAAUUUUGUCCGAAAUCAUUCGCCAAAGUUACGACAAGUUUGUGCUGGAAGUGCGCGACGUGCAAGCGAUUGUGGCCACCAUCGACGAGGAUUGGCAGGGUACGCUACGGGUAAACACGGUGACCGAAAUGCAUCUGCUUGAACCAACGUCGUUCCGCAUAUCUGCGCACCUGUGCGUGAUCGACGACGAUCCACGGCUACCGAAGUGCAAAAUAUUUGGCGUGCUUCCGUCGGUGAACGUUUCCGUUACGGAGCAACGGGUGCUGGAGAUGUUGUCGAUUGUGAGCAGCAUUCCACUGCCGGAGAGCGACGAGCAACUGCAGCCGGCCCCGAUUGCAAAGGACUCAAACGUGUUUAGUUCCAGUUUAUCGUUGCUUAAGUAUCUGGAUGAGAAGCAGGUGAAAUUGCCAAAAAUUCAUCGUUCGCCUGAAGCACUAAAUCCGACCGAUGCGGUCGAUGGCGAUGUAGUGCAGUUCACCGAUAUGGAGAUAAAGUUCGAACUACAUGAAUGUUCGUUAACUAUUUACAAAAUGAUCGGUGGAGGAACCGGUAGCAGCUCAUCGGAUGUGUUUGCUACACCCACGGAAGAAUUUUCCCAGUCCCCAGUGGAGCAAGAUUUUCAGCCACAAAAGAGUGUGGCAUUUAGCAUGCCGUACGCAUCCGUCGGCACGAAUCAGCGUAAAAUUAUAGCCUUCAAGGUUAAGCAGUUGGAAAUGACGAUGAUUCAAAGAACGUACGAUCUGAAGGUGGCCCUAAAGCUUGGCGCUGUCACACUAGACCAGUUCCGUUGGCGUAACGAACAGGAACGUGUGCUGAAUGUUAUUCAAACACCCAAGUAUGACAGCAAUGACGAUUAUCUGUUUACUGUGAACUAUAACAAUUGCAAGAAAAACAGUCCCGAGUUUGCGACGAAGUACGAAUCGGUAGAGCAGGAGGUGGCAAUCGAUUUCUCUACGUUGCUGUUGUUACUGCACGAAGAUGCACUGAACGAGUUGAUUCAGCUGGCGAACGAUUUUCAGGUACGGAUGGAAGCAGUGGCGAAGAAGCAAGAGUCCGAAUCCACGGGCCAACAUCCUAAGGAUCACUUUGCCACGAUACAUGAAGAAGAAAGUACUGCAACGGCUUUGCUGAAUGCGGCUCGCGAACGAUUGCCAACGAUAUUGGAAGAUGAUGGUGUUGUUACCAGCACCAGCAGUUCUAACAAAGUUUCCCGUAAACGUCAAUCAAUUGUAGAUAGCAUCAAGGUGAGAGUGAUGGCAAAGCUGGAGGACGUUACGGUGGAGUUACAAAACGACAAAAGGUCCCUGGCGGUCCUGGAAGUAAAAAAUCUCACCAGCAGCGUUAUUAUGAAAACCUCGUACACGGAAAUAAAGUUGCGGUUAGAGGAUAUAGUCUUGACCGAUACCAACCCAGCCACCAUACACAACAAGAUACUGUCCAUCAUUGGCGAUGAUGCACUGCAGGUGCAGGUGAUUUUGUUCGAUCUGGACUCUACCUCCGAUUACAACUCCGACAACAUGCGUAUCGAGGUGGUGAUGGGCUGUGCGCGUAUCGUUUUCCUGAACUGGUUCGUCACGUCCGUGCUGGCGUUCCUGGACAAUUUCCAGGCGGCGCAGCAACGCAUUAAAGAUGCAAGUGCUGCGGCAGCCGAAGCUGCCAAGAACAAUGUCGUCGAAGCGUACACACAGGCAACACGUAUGAAACUAAACAUAAAGGUAAAAGCACCGAUCAUCAUCAUACCGGUUGACUCGAAAAGCUUGAAAGCGGUCGCAAUGGAUUUCGGCCAUCUGAGCAUUACGAACAAUUUCCGUGACAUACCGACGGAGAAUCAGCAUGGGCCGGCGGUUAUUGAUGAAAUGAAGAUUGAGCUGAAGGAUAUGAAGCUGGCAAAGGUGGAAGUUUCCCUUGUUGAGUCUAGUGCGGAAUCCUUUUCGCGGUACGGGUCAGAGGAUGUGAGUUACGGGCUCAUUCCUGACCAGGGUGCUGUCCUUAGCCCGACCAGCUUCACACUGAUCAUGAAACGAAAUCUUUCAUCGGCCUGGUACCGCGAUCAUCCGGAUAUGGAUAUUUCGGGACGGCUAAAGGCUGUUGAGCUUAACUUCAUAGCCACCGAUUACAGUGUGAUCAUGCAGAUUCUGUCAAAGAAUAUGACGGAGGGUCAGGAUGAGUUUAAAAAGCCAGUGAAAAUUGAAAAAUCACCCACAAGUCCACAAGUGUGCUACAAUAACGCUGUUAUUACAACUGCUGAAGUAAAUCUUUCGCCUGAUGCGAAAUCAAACUGGUCGACGGUAGCCAAGAAGGCAACGGCAAAACCAUUCGGUGUAGAUAUGGCGCAACUGAAAGUUACCGAAAGCAAAUCAUCAGCCAAACAACCGGAAACUGCCAAAGUGGACACGUUUCUUAAAUUUAGCUUCCAAGUGGACAGUAUCAACAUAAAACUUUUCACUGCACCUGGUGAAGGCCUGGCCGGAUUUGAAGUGUUUUACUUAUCGCUACAAGGAAGGAAACUUACGGAUGGAAGCUUAAACACCGCAAUAGUACUUUGCGACAUUAGGCUUGACGAUAUUCGGCCAAAUCGCGAGAAUAUGCUCACAAGACUAAUGGAGCGUCGAUCACAAGAAUCUUCACUGGACAUAUCGAGCGUGAAAGAGUGCGAAGAGGAGCCUGAGUCAUCGAUGAUGUCUUCUAUACGAUCCAUGAUUAACAUUACCUUCAACAUGAAGGAAAGUGAUAUGUUUGCGGAUGUGAAAGUGUCCAGCUUCAAUUUGAUUCUAUCGGUCGAUUUUCUGUUAAAGCUGCAGCAAUUCUUACAGCCGGAAGAGCUAGCCGAGCAAAAAGCACUGCAAGCGGCAGAAGUUGAACAAACGGAGCGUAUGCGACGUGCCAGCACUUCGGCUGGAGCUGCCAGCCAACAGCAGGAAGCUGGUCAAAUUACGGUUAUUCUAAAGAUUGAGCAACCGGACAUUAUUUUGGUAGAAAAGAUGGAUGAUAUUAAUUGUUAUGCAUUAAUUUUGAACAACGAAAUUGCACUUAAUGUGCGGCUGAUAGGUGAGCGGCAGAUCAUCAAGGGUGAACUGAAGGAUCUCUGUCUGUACUAUGCAGAAUUUAACCCCGAGCGUCGAAACUCUACCAAACAUUACGUUGUCCGUCCGUGUUCUAUAAGUUUGAAUGGUUCGACGCCCGAUGGACUAGGGUUGCAUCUAAGCAUUAACUCUACGGAAAUUGAACUCUCCGUUUCACCGGCGGUGAUCGAACUGAUGAACAAUGCGCUACAAACGCUAACUGCCAAGGAGCUGUCGAAGUUGGACGAAUCGGCUACAGCUUCAGAUUUUUACGAUCUGUGGCACGUGAAAGAGUUCGAUCCGGAUCAAUAUUGGUUCAUCCAGCCGGAGAUGGCUGAAGACGCGCUCAGCCUGGAGUCGAUGCGAACGAUCGAGGUUAAGGAGGAAAAAUGUAUGAUCGACAUACCGUGUAUCUCGCUAAUUGUGGAAACUGGGCUCGGCACAAACACGAUUCCGAUGCUGUACAUCAAGACCAGUUUGGAAGGAUCGGUAGCAAACUGGAGCUCGGACAUGAAGAUAAGCAGUUCGCUGCGGUUAAGCAUGUCGUACUACAACCAGGCACUCGCUCUGUGGGAGUACGUCAUCGAGCCGAAUGUGAUAGAACAACCGAACGGCCAGAUCACGAAUAUGCCGUGGGAGUUGACGUUUGAUUUAGAAGUUGAUCAUCAUGAAGAUCGGUCCCGCGAACCGACAACGCGGAUGCAUAUCGCUUCAAGGGACAGCUUGGAAAUGACGGUUACCAAAACGUGUCUAGAUGUGGUGCAGAACCUGGGCAAAGCGUUCUCCGAAGCGAUUAAACGAGACGGAAUUAUUAAAUCGGAAAUACAAGCACCGUAUGUGGUGCGUAACGAUACCGGUCAGGAUGUGAAGGUGAAUUUGGCCGCCAGUGAUUUUCACAUUCAUCGCUCCCAUCUCAGCUCGUCGCACCUGGACGAACUGAUUGCGUACGAGCACGUGGGCGAUGAAGAACAAUCAGUAAGUAGUUGCAUUAUAAUGCCAAAUGGACGAUUGCAAUUGCAACCAAGACAGCACAGCUCCGAACGAAGCACUAUCCUGACCGUGCUGGAUGACAAGGAUACUAGCAAGCGUAUGUUUGUGAAGGUGAUUGUAGGCGAUACGGACAAGGAAUUGACACUUCCGGUUUACAAAUCUGACAAACGUUACUUCCCGCUGUUCCGCAGUACGGGUCAGGAAGCGUGGGGAAUCAUAUCGGAGGUGAAAAUCGAGCAUGGUUGUACGGUGCUGGUGCUUCGUAGCAUUGUGCAGGUGUACAACCACUUUACCGUCCCGAUUGACGUGUUUCAGUUUAUCGAUCACGAAAAGUAUCUUAUCGGUGAGGUGCGUGCGGGUGGCUAUCUUAAUGUACCGCUGUAUUAUCUGUACAACGAUUCCAAGGAGUUGCACUUUUCGAUGAAAGGCUACCACUCGUCAGCGCAAGGAAUCAGCUGGAAAGAGUCGCCCAACAGUUUCGAGCUAAUGAAGGCACUUCAGUGUGAUCCUAUCAAAACGUUCGAACCGUUCUAUAUAAAUGCUGUUCGGCAACGGCAAGACGUAUUUUACAUGAUAUCAUCUAACCAUACGAUGUUGAGUGCUUGCUACGAAAUUCAUCUGCGACCACCAUUUAUGCUAAGAAACGCAUUGCCAAUCGGACUUACCAUUUCCGUUGCUGGAUGUUCCGUGCGUCGUGAGCUGGACACUGGCCUGGUAACCAGUAACGAAAGCCUUUCCAACGCAUCGACCGUCGCUGGUGAAGAUUAUUUGGAUUACGGAGAAAAGUUGCUUCGUCCAGGGGAGCUGCUUCAUUUACCGACGGUGAAAACCUCUGCCCGGUCAACAACGGAGACUACGUACAUUGUGGCGAGGCUUGUCGGCUAUCUAGACAAAGAUUGGUCCUGCACAACGGAUAUACCGGCACAACCUCCAGAAUUUGGAGUAUGGACAUUCAAUGCAUACGACUCGGUUGAGGUGAUGUCAUUGCAGCUCGGAGUCAAGUAUGAGAAUCGUGCCGAUGGUUUAACUCUGAUCGUGUACUGCCCAUUCUGGAUGUUAAACAAGACCGGACUAAUGCUGAGCUAUCGGAAAUCCAGCAAAACGGAGAAGAAAGAAUUAGCCGGUAAAACGACGUACAAGCUUCCAUCGAAGUAUAUGUGUCCGAUGCUUUGGAAAUUAUUAAACAGUUGUGUGUCCAAGGAUGAAGCAAACGACGAGAAUACCAACAUUCUCUACCAUCCGCCCGAGUACGAAGGACCGAUACUGUUUUCGUUCCGAGAGAAGGUAUUCUUCGGCAAAAAGAAGGCAGCCAUCCGCGUGGACACUGGCGAAUGGAGCGAUAAAUUCUCGCUAGAUGUGGCCGGUUCGAGCGGUGUGGUACUGUGUCAGGCCAACAACAUGACGUAUCAGAUUGGGGUGAACAACACGCUGACGCACAAUUCGCUCACGAAGCAGAUCGUCUUUAUGCCGUACUUUGUCCUGAUCAAUCGGGCUAACUUUGACGUUGAGGUGCAGGAACAUCUCCGUCCGGGUGAUCCAUGGACGAAGGUGGGCGUGAACGAGUGUGUACCGUUGUGGCCAAAAACGGAAGACAAUCGUAUGCUGAAGGUGAAGAGUUGCGAUCUGCCCGAAGUGACGGCACCGUUCAAAUAUACGGAAGUACAAUGUACGUUGCUUCAGCUGCGAAAUCGUUAUGGAGGCAUUAAUGUGGAUGUGCACGUUACGGAGGGGGCUAUUUACAUCACUUUUACCGGAUACUACCCUGGAGAUGCGCCAGCUCUUCUGAUGAACCAUACCUGUGAACCAUUCGCAUUCAAGGAAAGGGGUGAUGUGAAUGGGAAAAUACUGAUGCCAUCACAAAUGGUGCUCCAUACGUGGAUUGAUCCGGCCGGUGAGCGAAAGAUCGUGUGGGAAAGUGGUUCGAAACCGCAACCGAUUGAGAACGAUCUGCGGCGCGAUGGAAUUAGUGAGUUUAAGUCACCAACGGACAAUGUUAUCUAUUGGGUGUCGUUUUUGAACGGUACCCAACGCGUGCUGCUCAUCACGGAUAACUGUAACAUUGCGUACGGUGUUCACAGUGCUAGCCGGUUGGAUCAGGUAACGCAGGAAGUGAAGUUAGAGAUACACGGUAUCGGACUGUCGCUGGUCAACAACUCCAAACCGACCGAUCUGAUGUACAUCGGUAUUGCCAGCUCGGGCGUAAUAUGGGAGGAAUGCAAACGGUCCGGUCGGUUCCGUCAGAUGAAGAUACAGGAAACGCUCUACAUGGAAAACCAGUACCAGCAGUAUCUGCGCGACCAGGAGGUGGGCACGGUGGCAAACAAACGUUACUUCCUAGAUAGCGAGAUGCGCCAGGAGAUUGAUUUCCAGACCAUGAUCGUCCGCAAGUCGACCGAACGAGCGAUCAAGCGUACGUUCUAUCCGGGGCUGUGGGUUGAAAUAAAAUCGUCCAGCCAUCAGCUACAGUUCCACGCCAAGGUCAAUCGCAUUCAGAUCGAUAAUCAACUGGUGGAUUGCAUAUUCCCCGUCGUACUGGCACCGGUACCACCGCCGAAAAGUGUGGCAGCGACGACCGAAUUCAAACCAUUCGUCGAGAUGAGCAUGGUCCAGCGUAUUAUUCCACAUUCGAACAUUAAGCAGUUCAAGUAUCUGUGCGUACUGAUACAAGAGUUUCACGUGAAGGUGGAUCUGUUGUUUAUAAACGAAAUCAGUGAAAUGAUCAGUACCGAGAUCACGGAAACGGAAGCGAAACGACUGUUUGCCGAGGAUCUGAAGCUCCAAACGCAACCACUGCACGCGCACGUCGCCAUUCAAUCUCAGCAGGAAGUAAAGAACUUCUACGACAAUCUCCAUCUGGGUCCGCUGAAGAUUCACGUCAGCUUCUCCAUGGCUGGUUCCGAGUCCAAGGCACUGCCCGGCAUCCUAUCGACGAUUUUGCAGGGCGUUGGUGUAACGCUAACCGACAUCAACGAUGUAGUGUUCCGGUUGGCGUUCUUUGAGCGUGAAUAUCAGUUCCUAACGCAGCGACAGCUCGUUUCCGAGUGCGUUGCACAUUACAGUGGACAGGCGGUCAAGCAGCUGUACGUGCUGGUGCUCGGGCUGGACGUGAUAGGCAAUCCGUACGGGCUAGUGGUUGGCUUUACCAAGGGCGUCGAAGAUCUUUUCUACGAACCGUUCCAGGGUGCGAUACAGGGCCCGGGAGAAUUUGCCGAGGGUUUAGUACUCGGUGUCAAGUCCUUGUUCGGUCACACGGUUGGCGGAGCGGCUGGAGCCGUUUCAAAAAUAACAGGUGCCAUGGGUAAGGGUUUGGCCGCCCUAACGUUCGAUGACGAUUUCCAAAAGAAACGACGCGAUGCGAUGAACAAAAAACCGGCCAGUCUGCAAGAAGGUAUCGCACGUAGCGGCAAAGGACUGGUGAUGGGUGUGUUUGAUGGUGUCACAGGGGUGUUUACCAAACCCAUCAGUGGCGCCAAAGAGGAAGGUGUGGAAGGAUUCUUUAAGGGUUUGGGUAAGGGUGCGGUCGGUCUAGUAGCCCGUCCCAUUGCCGGGGUGACCGAUUUCGCUAGCGGUAGUUUCGAUGCUGUCAAGCGUGCAACGGAACUGUCCGACGAAGCUAUCCGGCUGCGACCACCACGUUACCUUCACAAGGAUGGUAUCGUGCGGCCGUACAAUCGUAAGGAAGCGGAAGGAUCGAAACUGUUAAGGGAAAUUGAUAAGGGCAAGUUUGCCGCCACGGACGCAUACGCUUAUUAUGAAGUGAUCAUUGACAAUAAGGACGUCGUCGUGUUGACGGACAGUCGCAUUAUCUAUGCUACCAAGAGUGAAAUGUUUGGUGGAUGGCAGUCCGAGUGGACCCACAAAUGGACCGAAGUAAUGAGCAUCUCGACACUGAACGAUGGUGUUGAGAUUCUGCUGCACAAUCGGGACGGAAAGAAAACGCUGAAAAAAAUGUUCGGUUCAUCGGGACCAAGCAAAAAGAUUCUCCUCAUAUCGGUGGCAGGUAAACGGGCACGACUCGUGGAAGAAAUGCAGCAAUUGUUGGCGAAGGUUCAGCAUCAUAAUUAGGA